AGGUGACACAAAGGUACAGGCGAUAAGCCAAUCACGAUGCAGAGUCCAGGUCCAGUGAAUGUGCAGUGAUUUUAAACAGAGAGCAGCCGUGAGUGGAGCUCCAAACAGCUCAAUGUGGCUGUAGAAAUACACCGAGACUCAAUCUGCUCAUCUUACCACAUAUUUGAUUUAUUUCCUUUUGAAAUUAAUCCAUCAAACGUAAUUUUUUGAAAAGUUUCAAUAUGUUUUUCUCCGCGCUGCUGAUUCUUGCCGGUCUGGGUUCGUUCGGUUCCGUUUCUGGUUCUCCCGCCGUGGAGGAAGCGUACGGUGCCGUGGUGAGCGUGGUGUCUCCGGGGCAGCAGUCUCUGACGGGGGACUCGCUCCGCAGCCUCUUUAAUACACUGGAGAAACGUGUGCAGUGCGGUGGAGUGUCGUGUGAAAAGUGUGAUUUAGCGGAUGCUGUUCACCAGCUGCUCAGCAAUCACUCGGGACUAAACGUUACCGUCGGUGUAUCUGAGUUCCCUGCUGUCGCCGCAGGAAGCCUCCUGUACCUGUCGUCUCCCAGCCAGGUGUGUGCCGCGGCAAAGCAGGGGGCAUGGGGAGAGGAGACCCAGCAUUUCCUGCAUAAGAUCACACAUGAAGAUCCCCACCACGAACAGGAGCAUGAAGAAAAGGAGACACACCAUGAAGAUGAAAACGAACACGAGCACAUAGACACUCAUGGAUUAAAACUUCUGAUUGAAGAGCUUCACGACCACUAUGAGCCCUCAGACAGUGAGAGCUGUGUGACAGCCGAUCAAAUCAUGAUGGAGGUCAACGCAUCUUCACCAGAUACGGAACAGGAAGUCGGUGCAGUUUUGGGCCGUGUCCUGUACCACGCCUUGCUGGGUCGAUGCUUCAUCAGCCGCUCCCUGCCUGAAGAGAGCUUCUUCCUCGACUACAUCCUGGACCAUGUGGGGUCACAGAAUUUCACAGUCUGGGAUCUGGAAGCUCUCAUGAAGAGUCUGAAAAUCGGAUCUAAGGAAACAGAUGAACAUGGACACGAGGACCAUGAUCAAGAACACGAUCAAGAACACGAGCAGGAACACGCUCAUGAUCAUGGUGGUUUGAGACGGAGGAAAAGGAGCAGCCAUGAGAUUCACGAGGGGCAUGAAGCAAACGUCACCUCGGAUCAGCUGUGUCUCACUGCCAAAGAGCUUGUCCUGAUCUACGGCCUGGCGGACAACAGCUCCACCUCCUCUGGCCUGGGUCGGUGCUUGGCUCGGCUCAGCCCUGCCCUCGUCCAGCAGAUCCUGAGCGGAGCCUGCGCGGACACCCAUGAACCGCUGACACCAGACGGACUCACCAAGACAGAGAGAUACAUCUAUGCAACCAUUGCCAAUCUGUUGAUAACACUGACGUCCAUGUGUGGCAUCUUCUUGCUGCUCUGUACUUCCUGCACCUCUGUGUUCCAGUUGUGUAUCCAGUUCUGCAUCAGCCUGGCUGUAGGUUCACUCACUGGAGAUGCUUUUCUGCACCUUCUACCCAUGUUUCUAGGUUUGCAUGUUCACUCAGAUGAGGGUGAUUCACACGACGGCCACCAGGAAGAAACUCCAGACUACAUUUAUAAGAUCCUGGUGCUCUUGUCUGGAAUCUACUACUUCUACCUGAUGGAAACCAUCUUCUCUCUGGUCGCAUAUAAAAACAAAAAUCAUCACCACCAUCAACAUCACCAUGGGGAAGAAUCUGAGCCUCACCACUGUGACCACGGGAGGGUUUUAGAGAUGUACCAACAGGAAAGAAAUAAGAAAGAACACACAGCAUCGAAAACAGAUCUGGUAGGCAAUGAAGAAAAUGAAAAAUCACACUCGGAGCACAAAGAGCGCACCAGAGAGCAGCGUCUGCUGCCUUUUAUGAUUACCAUUGGUGACGGGAUCCACAACUUUGCAGACGGCUUAGCAAUGGGUGCAGCUUUCUCCCUGUCGUGGAGGUCUGGUUUGGCCACAUCACUGGCUGUACUCUGCCAUGAGCUGCCACACGAGCUGGGGGAUUUUGCAAUUUUGCUCCACAGUGGUGUGUCAGUCCGUAAUGCAUUACUCUUGAAUGUAGGCAGCUCUUUGACCUCUUUUGUUGGCCUGUACAUCGCUCUGUCUGUAGCCACUGACCUCGCUACCCAACAGUGGAUAGCUGCCAUCACUGCAGGGCUCUUUCUGUAUGUGGGGCUCGCCGAUAUGCUCCCCACCAUGGUCCACAUCAGUAACAAGAGACCCUGGCUGAUGUUUCUGCUGCAGAAUCUGGGCCUCCUGAUUGGGUGGGGUAUUCUGCUGCUGCUGUCACUCUAUGAGGAGAAAAUCAGCUUUUAAAGCACCGACAGUCCGGACAGUUGACAGGGUUUCUACAAGCAAAAGGAAAAACCCUGGAACAGAGGGCAAGACGACACUCCCUCUGAAGGGUCAACGACCCGGGUCGUCUGAUGUGCAACUUAUUCAGAAGUCUUGAAGUGUGUUUGAAAUCUACUCAGCCAACCAAAAGCCUUGACCGCAUUAGACGUUUUAUGUGUCUGUGUUUCAAAUGUUGUUCACUGAUACUUGGUGCAGGAAAAAAAAUGAAAAGUGCCUUCCUUGUGAUCCUUCAAAAAUAUUUAUUCUAUCAUUUAUUUGUAUUUUUUUUUUUUUUGUGCUUUUUUAGCACCUAUACGUGUAUUACAACAUGAGAACCUGACGACUCUGUGUUUGAAAUGCACUUGACAGAAGUGUCUUCUAAAUGUUCUAUCUUACCUGAUACAGGUUGGGCCAAUUUAAACCACUCAUUUAAUACAAAGCCUGUUGAAGCAACGCUGAGCAAUUUUCUCGAUUAAAAAACAAGAUGGCCGCUUCUGAUGUGGAAUGUUCCAAAUCCCAAAUCUCAGUAGUUGUAAGCCUUUUGUACCAAAGCUCUUUUUUUAAGUGUAAAUGUUUGCCCCUAAAAUGUAUCAUUGUUUUAUCAUUUAUUGGAAAAAAAAAUCCUAGCCUGGCCUCCUACUGCUAAAUCUCACAUUUCUGAUUGGUCCUUGCAUCCAGGGGGAUUUUGGUCUAAUGCCAUAGAUUAUACCCCUUGGGAAUAUAAAAAUAAACUUGGGUAUACUAAUAUCCAUUUGCAUAAUGCUCCAUCUUUAUAAGACUUUAAGUUUUCAGUAAAAAAAAAAAUGUACAGCUUGAUUUUUUUGUGCUUUUUGUUGGAAGUGUCAACAAGAAAUAUACAAUCUUGUAGUUUUUAUUGAACUACAAAUCCCACUACUCCCAUUAUGAAAAAGGUAAAUGUAUAAAAUGUUUAUAUACAGAGUGUGAUAUACAGUAUGUUUUGUAUUCUUCCUGAUUUGAAAAAUUAAAACUCAUUUAAAAGCUAUGA